AUGCAUGGUUCCAACAGAACCACGAUGGUUGCCCAGUUUAUCCUGGUGGGCUUCUCCAGCCUGGGGGAGCUCCAGCUGCUGCUGUUUGUGGUCUUCCUUCUCCUGUACCUGACCAUCCUGCUGGCCAAUGCCACCAUCAUGGCAGUUAUCCGCUGUAGCCGGACUCUGCACACUCCCAUGUACGGUUUCCUGUUCAUUCUCUCUUUUUCCGAAUCCUGCUACACAUUUGUCAUCAUCCCUCAGCUGCUGGCCCACCUGCUCUCGGCCACCAAGAGCAUCUCCUUUGUGGCCUGUGCCACCCAGCUCUUCUUCUUCCUCGGCUUUGCCUGCACCAACUGCUUCCUCAUUGCUGUGAUGGGGUAUGACCGCUAUGUGGCAAUCUGCCACCCUCUGAGGUACACACUCAUCAUGAACAAAAGGCUAGGGUUGGUGUUGGUUUCCCUGUCUGGAGUCACGGGUUUCUUCAUUGCUUUGGUGGCCACCAACCUCAUCUGUGACAUGCCUUUCUGUGGCCCCAACAGGGUCAACCACUAUUUCUGUGACAUGGCGCCCGUUAUUAAGUUAGCCUGCACAGACACUCAUGUGAAGGAACUGGUUCUCUUCAGCCUCAGCAUCCUGGUGAUCAUGGUGCCUUUCCUGCUGAUUCUCAUCUCCUACGGCUUCAUCGUUAACACCAUCCUGAAGAUCCCCUCAGCUGAGGGAAAAAGGAAGGCCUUUGCCACAUGUGCCUCCCACCUCACGGUGGUCUUUGUGCAUUACGGCUGUGCCUCCAUUAUCUACCUGAGGCCCAGAUCCAAGUCUGCCUCUGACAAGGAUCAGCUGGUGGCGGUGACCUACACUGUGGUGACUCCCCUGCUUAAUCCACUUGUCUACAGUCUGAGGAAUCAGGAAGUGAAGACUGCCCUCAAAAGAGUCCUGGGAAUGCCUGUGGCAAUCAAGGUGGUCUAA